AUGGCGGCUGCCUGUCUGUUUGUCUGUCCCCGUGCUAAGCUGCGGUCCCUGCCACGGGGCUCACCCGCCGCCGGCCUUGGCACCGGCUCCCCCACAGCGAAGGCACGCACCGGGGGAAGCGCCGACCUCAUGAACUUCUACGCCACGAGCUACGCGGUGGCCUAUGGCCAGCUGCGUUUCCGUCCCCGCCUCGGCCACCACGGUGGCACCGGCUACGUGUCCAACAACCACUCAGCCGUCUCCUGGCUGCUUUGCCCGCGUGGCGCAGCAGCAGGGCGCUGCCAUGACACCGCCACGUCCACCAGCGCUGAGCACUUCAAGCCCUUCUGGCUCCCCGAUGGCCGGAGCCUCCUGCCCCGGCACGUCCACCGGCCGGAGAGCAGGUACCUCCAUGGGUGCCCCCUCUCCUGCCUCCGCACCAGGGCAGUGAGUCCCCAGCACACGCAGCUUUUCCAGGGUCCCCCCAAAGCAUCUGGGGAGCACGGCACCGAGAGCCGCCACGCUGGUCCUGCCCAGGCAGGCUGGGCUGGGGACAGGGUUGGGGACAGCGGGACUCCCUCCCUGCCCCGUCUGCUCCCUGCAGACGUCCUGCAGAAGAUGACCGUCGGCACCAAGGAGCAGUCAGGCUUCACCAGGGCCACCCCGAGGAGAGACGGCAUCCUGCCAGCCCUGCUGGGCCAGCCCGUGAGGCCCAGCCCCACCAGGUCCCCUGUCCCUCGCCAGCCCCUCACCCCCUCUGCACCCCAAGGGACACUUUUUCUCUCCCGCAGCUCGGCGUUAGCAUCGCCACACCGCCCCAUGUCCAUCCUCUGGCAGGGCAGCGAGACGCUCCCGGUGCUGCAGGCAGGCUCCGAGAGAGGCAGGGGGUUCAGCCGGGAGGUGCCAGGCUGCCUGGGCAUGGGGGUGAGCAAGACCCCAUCCCACUGCCUGUCCCCAUGUGCCCUCCCCAUCCUCACCUGCUGGUCCCAUGCAGGGCUUGCCCGUGGUGGACCACCCCCUCCCACUCGUUUCCCAAGGGCUGCACACACCCCAAGUGACCCAGGCCAGCCUGCUGGGACAGCGGGGUGCAGGCAGGAAGGUGGGUACAGGCAUGACCCUGUCCUCAUCCCCAUCGGACCGUGCACCCAACCCCCCUCCACCCCGCAGGAGCCGUCAGGGUCCAUCGCUAACCAUGGCCCGUAUGUGCCCCCCCACUCAACCCUGUCCCCCACAGCACCGGCCUCACCUCCCCAUCCCGCCUGGGUUUUCCAGCCUGGCGUUCGGCGGGAUCCGACCUGGAUGGCGAGACCCACGGGGGACAUCCAGCCCCAGCGUCCCAGCGGCUUCGGCACCAACAACUGCCCCACAGGGUUGGGGGAGACGCUCAGCCACCCCACCGAGCUGGGGGAAUCAUUGGCCACCCCCCGGCAUAGCCUCCCCCAGGGUGGCCUGAGAUAG